AUGAUCGGCAAACUCCAAUGCCAAACCCACACCCGCACCCCCUGGGGCCAAUCCCCCCACCGCUACGACCACCGCAUCCGCUACCUCGUCAUGGGCCUCCUCUGCGCCUCCAUCCUCGCCGUCUUCAUCGUCAGCCUCGUCUUCAUCGGCGACCGAGCAGUCCAAAACUACCAGCCCUCGUCACCCCCCGACGAUACUCCUACGGCUUCACUUGAGCCGUUAUCGACCCCAAACGCCACUAACACGAAUACUACUACAAACACUUCUUCGCUGUACGUCAAGAGUAGCAGGGUUACAUGA